GGUGGUGGUGGUGGCCGGGGAAGAAAGAGAGGAAGCUCUUCCGGGAAGAAUGUGAUGGUGGAGCCCCAUCGGCACGAGGGUGUCUUCACUUGCCGAGGAAAGGAAGAUGCACUGGUCACCAAGAACCUGUUUCCUGGGGAAUCUGUUUAUGGGGAAAGAGUCUCCGUUGAGGAAGAAGAAGACAAAACUGAGUACCGCGCCUGGAACCCCUUCCGAUCAAAGUUGGAAGCAGCAAUAGUAGGUGGUGUGGACCAUAUCCACAUCAAGCCUGGAGCCAAGGUGCUCUACCUCCCAGCUGCCUCAGGCACCACCGUCUCCCACGUUUCUGACAUUGUAGGCCCGGAUGGCCUGGUCUAUACAGUUGAGUUUUCUCAUCGUUCUGGCUGUGACCUCAUUAACUUGGCCAAAAAGAGGACCAACAUAAUUUCUGUCAUUGAAUAUGCUCGGCAUCCACACAAAUACCACAUGUUGAUUGCGAUGGUGGAUAUGAUCUUUGCCGAUGUGGCCCAGCCAGACCAGACCUGGAUUGUAGCCCUGAAUGCCCACACUUUCCUGCGCAAUGGAGGGCACGUUAUGAUUUCCAUUAAGACCAACUGCAUCGAUUCCACAGCCUCAGGUGAGGCUGUGUUUGCCUCUGAAGUGAAAAAGAUGCAGCAGGAGAACAUGAAGCCUCAGGAGCAGCUGACCCUAGAGUCUUAGGAGAGGGACCACGCCAUAGUCGUGGGUGUGUACAGGACACUGCCCAAGGUGAAGAACUGAAGCCCUGCGCCGUCCAGAUUUUUCAGA